UGUUCGCUACAAGACGUUUGACGGCCUGCACUUCAGUUAUAACACUCCUGUUCAAACUAUCAGUCUACCAGUCGUUACGAAAUUCGGCAUCAUGGUCAUGUCGUGGACGGGUAGUCGUUGGUGGGUGGUCACGGAGCAAGAGUUAUUUAAUGGGGGACCAAGAACACGCAUCAAACGAGUUUUCGUGGGGUGUUCAGGUGAAUUUUUCCAGGCUGAUUUAGGCUCAAAUGUGACGUUGUUGAAACGAGGCACAGGCGAAAUUAUUGAUACACCUUUCGUAUAUGCCGGUGGACUUGUCACAGGGGAUAGUCUUGCACCUAGAGGGUACUUCAUAGUUUGCCAUGCAGUUCCAAUGACUGUCAGUGUCUACCUGCACACGGUUGAGAUAGAAAUGACUGGCAAACAUUGCGCCUCUGCCCUGGGGGUACGUGGAAUCUGCGGAGACUACAAUGGGAACGCGACCAACGACUAUGACGACUUGAUCCCACCUGGUCUGCCGCCAUGGAAACCUUUCUUGUUACCUGAACGACCAUAAAAGAUACAGUGACAAUAACACACACAGCGGAAACACAUUGACGGUGGGGAAAUAUUGAAUACGGACAAACAAUACAGCAAUGUAUACACAGUCAAAAACCAGGACUGAAUUCCAUAUGAAUACGGACUAUGAGCACUGAAAAUGGGAAGCACCAACUGCAGUUUCAGUUAUUUUUCUCUAUAAACAUUUGGGUCUGAGUGACUUGAAGGUUUCUUUUCA